AUUCACUAAUCCUUUCAUUUUGAAAGCAGGUCGCACUGGUUGUACAACUUCUACGCAAAUAUUCGUUAAUUCCUGCUAUAAUUUCUCCUAUCGCUGUUAUCUUUGUUAAAUUUAAUCAUACGUGACUAAGGAAGAUAUCAGUUGUUCAAUUCACAGAGAGUUCAAUUAGUUUUAUUGUGACUUCGAAUCUCCGUCUUCGCUGUCGUCUACAAUCAAGAGGUAAUUAUCAAAUUUCCAAAAUGGGUAAAAAAGUGUACGUUGUUGGUGUUGGAAUGACGAAAUUUGUGAAGCCCGGCUCGGGAAAAGAUUACCCGGAUUUCGGCAAAGAGGCCGUGUUAGAUGCACUGAAAGAUGCGGGAAUCAAAUACGACGACGUACAGCAAGCAGUUUGCGCCUAUGUAUUCGGUGACUCUACUUGCGGUCAGCGAGUGCUAUAUCAGAUCGGUAUGACGGGGAUACCGAUAUACAACGUUAAUAAUAACUGUUCGACUGGCUCCAACGCAUUGUUCCUUGCCAAACAACUUAUUGAAGGUGGUAUAUCUGAUGUCAUUCUCGCGGUAGGCUUUGAGAAGAUGGCUCCUGGUGCGCUAGGCGCCGGUGCCUUCACAGACAGAACCAACCCUAUGGACAGGCACAUCCUAAAGAUGGCCGACAUGACCGACAUCGCGCCAGCACCCAUGACCCCACAGUUCUUUGGUAAUGCCGGAAUUGAGCACAUGAAGAAGUAUGGUACUACUGAGUUACACUUCGCCAAAGUAGCAGCCAAAAAUCACCGUCACGGUGCCAAGAACCCCCGAGCACAAAACAACAGAGAGUACACAGUCGAGGAGGUGUUGAAUUCGAGAAAGAUUUACGGUCCUCUUACAAAACUACAGUGCUGUCCGACUAGUGACGGUGCUGGUGCUGCAGUCCUGAUGUCAGAGGAGGCAGUCAAACGUUACGGUCUCCAGAAUAAGGCUGUAGAGAUCAUUGGUAUGGAAAUGGCAACAGACACUCCUGCUGUUUUCAAUGAAAACAGCUUGAUGAAGAUCGCCGGCACGGACAUGACCGCAUUGGCCGCCAAGCGUUUGUAUGAGAAAACUGGUGUGUCACCAAUGCAAGUCAAUGUGGUUGAACUUCAUGAUUGCUUUUCGGCUAACGAGUUGAUCACAUACGAAGGUUUACAGUUGUGCGGAGAGGGUGAAGCAGGGAAGUUCAUUGACGCCGGAGACAACACGUACGGUGGGCGCGUAGUAGUGAACCCUAGCGGUGGGUUGAUAGCUAAAGGGCACCCGCUGGGCGCUACGGGCUUAGCCCAGUGCGCAGAACUCAUAUGGCAGCUCCGCGGUGAGGCUGGAGACAGACAGGUGCCGCGCGCCAGAAUAGCCCUGCAGCACAACUUAGGCCUGGGAGGUGCAGUCGUCGUCACUAUGUAUCGCAAAGGCUUCGAAGGUGCAUCCGCCAACCAGGUGGCCGCCUCGGCUAACCCUGAGGACUUCAAGGUCUACAAGUACCUGAAGAUCCUCGAAGAAGCCAUGCAGACCGACGAAGACAAGCUCAUCGAGAAAGUCCGCGGCAUAUACGGCUUCAAAGUCAGGAAUGGACCCAACGGCAGCGAAGCCUACUGGGUGAUCAAUGCCAAAGAGGGCAAAGGAAAAGUCACGUACGACGGCAAAGAGAAACCAGACGUAACCUUCACGAUCAACGACGAGGAUGUCGCUGAUCUUAUUUCUGGAAAACUGAACCCACAGAAGGCCUUCUUCCAAGGAAAGAUUAAGAUCCAGGGCAACAUGGGUCUUGCGAUGAAACUGACAGACUUACAACGCCAAGCGUCUGGAAGAAUUGAAGCCAUUCGCUCUAAGCUGUAAUCGGGAGAAAAUCGGCAGAACGCCGAAUUAUUUGGUUAUGGAACUGAGGUGCGUGGGCAUUUUAUAGAUAUUAUUAUUAACGCAAAACUCUCUAUUGAUGUGAUCGUUACAAUUUUUUACCUGAGCAGGCCACAAUUGUAGUUUAGGGUGCAAUAAUGUUGUUAUUGU